AGUCGCUCAAGGACCCGGAUGUGAUUCCGCCGAGCAAUGGCGGCUGAGCGGAUCUGUGCUCCGUCCCACAUGUAAAUAACACACGAAGCGCUCUCAUUUGUUUAAGUUAAACAAGCAAAACCAGCCUGCCAUCAGGAGCAUGAGAUUAUCGCAGAACAAUCGACUCAUCUGAGUAUCAAAAUGUCAAUGGAAGAUCCGUUUUUCGUGGUGAAAGGAGAGGUGCAGAAGGCUGUGAACACAGCUCAGGGGCUUCAUCAGAGAUGGAUGGAGCUGCUACAGGACCCGGGUGGAGCCAGCAAGGAGGAAGUGGACUGGACCACUAAUGAGCUGAGGAACAGUUUGAGGUCCAUUGAAUGGGACUUGGAGGACUUGGAUGAGACGAUCAGUAUUGUGGAGGCUAAUCCAAAGAAGUUCAAUCUCGAUGUGAUGGAGCUGGCCAAGAGGAAAGCCUUCAUCACUAGCACAAGGCAAACAGUCAGGGAGAUGAAAGACCACAUGACUAGUCCAAUGGCCAUUACAGUGUCCGAGAGGAAAAAUCGACAGACUUUAAUGGGCGAUGGCGGGUCACGUGGCCCAAUCUGGCAACCCAGUGGAGAUAAUUACACGAGACUGGACCGGGAGCUGAAGACGGCAAACACACAGUUCAUCGAUGAACAACAGACCCAGCAACAUCUCAUAGCAGAACAGCAGGAUGAGCAGCUGGAGUUGGUGUCAGGAACUAUUGGCGUCUUGAAGAACAUGUCCCAAAGGAUCGGCCAAGAGCUGGAUGAGCAAGCUGUAAUCCUGGACGAUUUUUCACAUGAGAUGGACAGCACUCAAUCCAGACUGGAUAAUGUCAUGAAGAAACUGGCUAAAGUGUCUCACAUGACCAGCGAUCGUCGUCAGUGGUGCGCUAUCGGCAUUCUUCUGGCCAUCCUGUUUGUCGUGAUCAUUCUCUUGAUUGUUCUGUGAACAGCCCUCCUCCGUCCUCCAACAGAGGUGCUCGGGAGAGAAACAAAACUCUUUCUCCAUCUUUAGUCCAUUAUACCGCAGAACGCUGCUGCUUUGUACCUUUUUGCUUCCUUGGAAACAACCCAGAACCAAAAAACAAAUGGGUACCACAGCAGGAGCUGGUGUGGCGAUGACACGGUCUGAGUUUUGGUGAGAUCCAGGAUAAAGCAAUUCUUUCAAAUGAACAGUGACUUUUAAAUACUUGAAAAGUAUCAAGUGCUACUGUGUCAUUUCCUGUGCGCUGCUUUAAUAGUCAGUUUAGACCACUGUAAACUAUCAAGACCAAUCCAGUUACUAAACACUGGAGUUUAACAAACCAGAUACUGUUUAUGAUACUAAUCAUACUGAUUUUGAAUUAUUUAUUCAAUUAUUUGAGUUAUUUACUGUCUAAGUGUUUAUUUCUGUCUGCUUUGUUUACUUUUUACGUUUGCGUUACUGAUAAUCCGUUACUAGUGAGAUUUAAGCGCACUCCGCUUCGUUUUCUUUAAACUGAAUGGAACAGUCCGGAUAACUAAACUAAAUCUAAAAGUCUCCAAUUAGGUAAACAAUUCAAAUAUUAACAAAAGAUUGGGUUUAAGUAAGCAUUAAACAUGUGAAUUGCAUGACGAUUGGUUAUUAAUCUGCAAAAGUCUGAAAAUGGAUGGCUUCAGAUGGAAGUGAAGUUUGGGACCAAGUGUAUUUUAGUAUAAAAAUCCAAAUUUGACAACUAAUAGUUAAAGGAAUAGUCCAUCCAGAAAUGAAAAUCUGAUGAAAAAGUUCCUCACGCACAGGUGAGAAGCUCCAGGAUGUGGAUGAGCUUGUUUCUUCAUCAGAACAGAUUGCAUUGGUUAUUUGGCUUGUAGUGAAUGGGUGCCGUCAGACUGAGGGUCUUAUUAUAACAUCACAAUAAUUGAUGAGUAAUCCACACAGCUCCAGUCCAUCAGUUAAAGUCUCGGAUAUCCUGACGGUCAGUAAAUUUCCUUUUUGUAUGAUCUAAUGUUUAUAUUUAUAGGUCACUAUCUUUAGCACAGAUGAGCGUGAAGAUACAUUUCACUUUAGAAAGCCAGACUGCGUAAACUUCAGGUUGCGCUUCACAUUGGUAAACUGUGAACUAGAAUGGAAACGUAUGAAGCAGCAGUUAAUUUGAAAAUCAUUGUAUUUGUUGUCUUUAGACAGCACAACACUACAUAUACUGUGAAAACAGAAGUAUGGUUAUCUUACUGGAUAUGAGUAUUGUUUUGGGUUUGUUUGUUUGUUGUUUAAUAGUGUUCAGCUGAUUCUGACUGCCCUCGGUCACAUGAUGCAGUAGGUUAGCUCUGAUUGGUUCGAAAUCUUAGCGAAUUGAUUGUGCAAUUUUUACCAUACAAAAAAAAAA